AUGUCCUCCGUCGCCCAGAAACGUCUCUUCCACGAAUACAAAAACCUCUCUACGAACCCCCCCGAGGGCAUCACCGCCGGCCCCGUCACCGAAGAUGACAUGUUCCACUGGGAAGCAUUGAUCCAGGGACCCGAAGGUACACCCUUUGAGGGCGGCGUGUUCGCGGCCGAGUUGAAGUUCCCGAAAGAUUAUCCGCUUAGUCCGCCGACGAUGAAGUUUGUGGGUGGUGGGGUUUGGCAUCCUAAUGUCUACCCCAACGGAACCGUGUGCAUCUCCAUCCUCCAUCCCCCCGGUGACGACCCCAACCAUUACGAACACGCUUCGGAGCGGUGGUCGCCUAUUCAGAGCGUGGAGAAGAUUCUCAUCUCUGUUAUGAGUAUGUUGGCGGAGCCGAAUGAUGAAUCUCCGGCGAAUGUUGAGGCCGCGAAGAUGUGGAGAGAGCGGAGGGGGGAGUAUGAGCGGAAGGUGAGGGAUGAGGUUCGGAAGGGAUUGGGGUUGUGA